CUGUCAACUGACAGUUUGAAUUUGAUGACGGAAAGAAAAAGGUUAUAAACAGAAUAGGAGGGUAUUUUAUAAUUGCGCUCAAAUAAAUGGUAUUUAUAAAUCGUGAAUCCUACAAAUAGUGAAUUUAUAUUGUAUAAUAGUGAAAGUGUAAAUUAUAGUAAUUUGUUUUGUGUAGAGUCUGAUACCUCAAACGCAACGUGUCCUAGGUUAGGCCGUUAGCGAAACAUGUUAGUACAAUACUUAGAAUAACAUGACUGAAAGGAAAAUGUGCAAGUUCUACAAUUUAAACGUGCCUGAACGACGAAUGGGAGAGGGUGGCGUGGGGGGUGGCGCCGCUCAGAAUCAUGGGAAUCACGAAGAUGAUGAUAGGAAUCCAGACGACCCAAUACCACCUUUUGUGCCUCCACACGAACACAAACUGGAGUACAGCUAUUGGAUGUGGUUCUCGCGGCGGCCUCCCGCCCGCGAACUCUCCGCCUCCACCACUGGUUAUGGGCAGGCACUUCGCCUGGUGGGUCGCGUGGGCAGCGUGGAGCAGUGGUGGGGGCUGUAUUCGCACCUGGCGCGGCCGGCCGAGCUGCCGCCGUUGUCCGACCUCCACCUGUUCAAGCUCGGCAUCAAGCCCAUGUGGGAAGACCCAGCCAAUGUCAACGGGGGCAAGUGGGUGGUGAGGCUGCGUAAGGCGCAGACGGGCCGCGCGUGGGAGGACCUGUGCAUGGCGAUGCUGGGCGAGCAGUUCAUGGUGGGCGCCGAGCUCUGCGGCGUCGUGCUGUCCGUGCGCUUCCAGGAGGACCACCUAGCCGUGUGGCACCGGACGGCGGCCGACACGGCGGCGGCGGGCCGCGUGCGAGACGCGCUCCGCCGCAUUCUGCAGCUGCCGCUAUCCGUGCCGAUCGAGUACAAGGCGCACGGCGACUGUCUCCGCGCCACCGCCGACCGCGAGCAAAACUCGCACGCGCCGCUGCAUAACUCGCACAACAACCACGAGCGCUCGUAGCGCCACGCCCGGCCCCCCCGCGGCCCCCCGACCCGCGGGUGACCCCCCGUCGCCUUGGUUGCGAUUUUUUACCCGCUUCAGACGACUGAGGGUAGUUGACACCGUAACCAAUAGUUCUGAAACUUAAAUGGCAAACAUCAGAAGUAAUAACCAAUUGACAGCGUCCUCCUGUAAAUGACAUUUCAGUGUUUUCAAACGUGACAAAAUUCGGAACUAAUAACCCGGUUUUCUCUCCCUCUAUUGCAUUCUUGUCAAUGUUACAGCAGUGUUGGACAACUAUACAAAACUUUAAAAAACAGUGCAUCAAACCCUGAAAAGCGUUUUCAAUGCUGUGUGAUAUGAAUUUUAAUUCAAUUUAAUUCGCGAACUGCUGACGUCGUAAUCCGUUUUGCCAUAGAUGCGUUUUGGCAGCUCAAAAAAUUAUUUCAAUUGACUAGCGUGUCAACUACUAUCAGACAACGCCAAUCAGUAAACCUAAACAUUCUUUGUCUAUCCAAAAUAUCUUUUAUGAAAAUUCUCAUAUGAAAUCUUUCUUUUUUCUCAUUUCAUAAGCGCAUUUCAAGACUGUACCUGUGUUAUGUGCGAAGUUGUUUUAAAACGUUAGUGUUGGUUGUGAAUAUAGUAUGAACAACCGCUAAGACAUACCAAGGCGGCGUUUAGGGCGCCUUCAAUUAGUCGUGAAUAAGAACGCUGCAAAAACGCUUAAGACGUGCUUCUUACGAGUCAGUUAUGCGAUGAAUUUUGUUGAAAAAACCUUUACUCGUCUAUCAAUAUUUUUCACUAGUUGUGACUGCCAGUCGAGCACGUGUAUUGCAAUAAUAGUUUUAAAGCAGCGCUCGAUCACCCCCUAAUUUGAAGGCGUCCUUAUGUCACGUUACCCGUGUGGUCACCCUAUUGCCGUGCCCCUUCCAGUGUGAAACAGGCCGAAUGUCAAACCCGACAGAUCCUAUUUCCCGGUUCGUGCCUCAAUAUAUUCCGUAAUUCCAUUCAAGUAUUACGUUUGCGAGAUAUUAUUUUAAUCUCCCAGGGCAACGGUUUUCUCGAGAAAACUAAGGCCGCUUUUCAAAUAUGUAGUAUAAAUUAAUGAACUGAAUGUAGAAAAUGAUUAAAAAUAUACAAAUGGGCCCCCGAAUAGGGUUCCCGAUUUAUUUAAAAAUGUGUUGUCAAAUAAUUUCAUGUAUUCCUUAUUUUUUUAUUCGCCCCCAAUGUACUGCAACGUAAUAUUUGAAAGGCUGUUCGAUCCGAACUCACUACCGACGGUUUUUCAUUGUAGAUAGUAAAACUUGUUACUGUAUGUUGUUAAAGUCACUCGCAGCGAAUGAUUAAGGGUUAAACAUUUAUUCUAAAACGAACCGUAUUAAAAUAGCCCUAAGUUGUAAUUUGAGGUAGAUACAUUCGUGUAAUUUUCCUAAAGAUGUCGAAGUGUAAAUUAGUUUAGGUUUUUUGUCACAUCUUCCAGUGCCGUGAGUUGCGUUAGCUAGUCAGGUGGCGGGCCCGGGCCACCCGUCGGUACGUUCGGCGAGUGACGUCACGUCUCGCGAGUCGCGGCGCCGCGUUGUAAUUAUACGUUAUACGUCAGCACCGGCCGCCACUGCCGGCAAACAUCCCGUCAUGUACAGUAAAAGAACUGCAUACAAAUAAAGAAUCAGACUUUGUAUACUUUCAA